CGCUUCGCUCGCGUCAGCGUCGGCGGCACGUUCGACCGGAUCCACGCGGGUCACAGGCUUCUCCUCGCGACCGCUCACGGCGUGCUCUACGUGGGCGUCACGAGCGACGAGAUGCUCCGCGGGAAGACGCGCGCUGGGAUGAUCGCGUCGUACGACGACCGCGCGGCGGCGGCGCUCGCGUUUCUUCGCGCGACGCGUCCUCCGCGCGACGCGCUGGACGUUCGCGUCGGCCCGCUGCGCGCGAACGAGCCGCCGCUCGCGGCGACGACGGAGCGCAUGGACGCGCUCGUCGUGUCCGGGGAGACGACGGAGGGCGGGGAGGCGCUGAACGCAGCGCGGAGGGAGAGAGGGUUCGCGCCGGUGACGCUGAUCGCGGUGGGGGUGAUCGGCGACGACGGCGAGGGCGGGAAGCUGAGCUCGAGCGCGCUGCGA